AUGUUCAGUUGUUCAUUCGAAACGUAUGGCUUGAAUUCCACCACACUAUCACUGCCUAUGUGCGAAUAUUCUACUCUCUGUUAUUUUAAUUGUACAAAAACCGAGAAGGACAUUCCUUACCAAACUUUGAGAAGGCUACUUGGAAUUGCUUCAUUAUCUUCGUUGCUCGGGACGACGGAAUCGUCUGGACAUGCUCUGUCCAGAGUGUGUGAACUGAAAUGCAAGAACUGUCCACAGCUGCAAUUUUGCACGGGUGAGGUAGUCAAGGACCAUUGUGGCUGUUGCCAAAUGUGUUCUUCGGACCUCUACCAGCCACAUGUCAGAUUAACUCCUCUUCCCAACAAAAAUAAUGCUUGUGAAAAAGUGAAAUGUCCCAAAUUCAAGACGUGGUUCUUACAACUGGACGCGAUAUUCCAGGCCAGACACAUAACUUCACUGCAAUCAAAAUUUGCGUCCGUGGUAGAGAAACUACCCGCGAAGGUAGUGGCUGAAGUAGCCGACAUAUUAACCUCUCUACCAAUAGACAAGCCAUACGAGACCCUUAAACAAGCAAUACUACACCGAUCUGGUUUUUCGGAGGAAAGAAAAAUAAGAGACCUCUUAACAAACGUUUCAAUUGGAGAUUCGAAACCGUCUCAAUUAUUACGACGCAUGCAACAACUGUUGGGCGACAACAACAUAUCAGCCACAGUAUUCCGCCAAAUGUGGCUGGACAAAUUACCAUCAGACAUGGUACUUGGCUGCAUUAACAGACGACGUUGA